UUGAAGUUUCUGCCGGGAAACAUGCAUUCCCUCCUUCCUUCCCUCGAGGAAUUGGAACUGAUCUCACUUCCACAGCUUGAUUUCUUUCCAGAAGGGGGUUUGCCAUCCAAGUUAAACUCACUUUGCAUCCAAGAUUGUAUAAAAUUGAAGGUGUGUGGUUUGCAAUCUCUCACUUCUCUUUCACACUUCCUAUUUGUUGGGAAAGAUGACUUGGAGUCCUUCCCUGAGGAGACGAUGCUGCCCUCCACUCUUGUAACCCUUAAAAUCCAGGAUCUGAGAAAUCUGAAAUCUUUGGAUUACAAGGGGCUUAAGCACCUUACGUCUCUUAGCAAGUUGGAGAUUUGGAGAUGUCCUCAGCUUGAGUCCAUGCCAGAAGAGGGGCUGCCCUCCUCCCUCGAGUACCUUCAACUCUGGAAUCUGGCAAAUCUGAAAUCUCUAGAGUUCAAGGGGCUUCAGCACCUCACCUGUCUUCGCCAAUUGAUGAUCAGUGAUUGUCCUAAGCUUGAGUCCAUGCCAGAAGAGGGGCUCCCCUCCUCUCUUGAAUACCUUAACAUCCUGAACCUGACAAAUCUGAAAUCUCUGGGCUACAAGGGGCUUCAGCAGCUCUCCUCUCUUCACAAACUGAAUAUCUGGAGUUGUCCUAAGCUUGAAUCCAUGCCAGAACAGGGACUGCCCUCCUCCCUCGAAUAUCUUGAAAUUGGAGAUUGUCCUUUGCUAGAAAAAAGGUGUCGGAAGGAGAUGGGCGAAGAUUGGCCCAAGAUUUCUCACAUCCCCUUUAUAAAUAUUCAAGCAUUCAGGAGGAUAAGAAAUUGAGCAGGAACAGUCUUCUGUUAUUCGCGCUACAUAUCUACUAAUUUCUCAGCUUUGCAUAUGUGGUGUUAUAAAUUCUUGAGAUUCCUCGUGUCACUAAUGGCUCAUCAUGGAGCAUUAUAUUUUCACAAGAACAAGGUUUAAUCGUCAUACACUCAUGUUGCUAAUGUUACUCCAUGCCAUGUUUUGCUAUAAACAAGGUGUCUGCUUAUGGUGAAAAUGACACCAAGUGGUUGGUGUUGUCCUUGUUCGUGCUCAGCAGAACCUGUCAUUUUUUUUGGUUUUAAGCUAAUCAUUUGUCAAACUAAGUUCCUUGAAUUCAUUGUGAAUGCCUUUGUUAAUAAUAUUAUUGACCUGUGAUUCCUUUCA